AUGGAAAUGGUGCACAGGCAUCUCAGCUCAGAGACUGGCGGACAGUGGCUUUUCAUCAGGGAUAAUGCAGACGAUAUGGAUCUGCUUUUUGGCGGGGCCGAUGUAUCCAGUGGCGUCUACAAAUACUUGCCGAUGGCUGACAACGGUGUUAUCUUGCUCACCUCUCGUUCCCGCGAAGUGGCGGUCUCAUUCGCGCAAAAAAACAUAAUCGAGCUGCAGAACAUGACAGUACAUGAAGCGACUGAGCUUUUCGAGAAUAUUGUAAUAAAAGACUUACGCAGCGAUGAAGAAGCGACAAAAAAAUUACUGAAGGAACUCACCUCGUUGCCGCUAGCCAUCACACAAGCCGCUGCCUAUAUUAACAGCACUAAAAUAUCGACUUCAAGGUACCUCGAGAUGUACGGCACAGAAAACGAGAGGAUACAACUCUUGAGUAGACAUUUUCCCGAUGCUACUCGCUACCGUGAGAUGCAAGAUGCUGUCGCCUUUACCUGGCUCAUUUCUUUCGAAAACAUUAAGCGACAUGACCCUGACGCUAUUACACUGCUGGAGUUUAUAUCUUGCAUUGAGCCGAAGGGAACACCACGAUCCAUUCUUCCGCCGCUAGACUCGGACGAGGAGAUGGAGUUCGCUAUUGGUACAUUAUGUGGAUAUACAUUCAUGACUAAAGGAGGGAAUGGCGAUAUAUUCGACAUGCAUAGCCUAGUGCAUCUAGCGAUGCGUUUAUGGGUACAGAAGGAAGGCCAUACACCAUCGGCUAUGGAGAGGGCGACGCGGCAUAUAGAAAGGAUUUUUCCACUUGUGAACCACAGAAACCGUAACAUAUGGAGGACUUACCUACCGCACGCCCUUAAACUUGUUCGAAAUGACGAGACACCUUGCAUAGUCGAGAAAUACGAUCUCCUUAGUAAAGCUGCGGAUUGUUUCGGGGUGGACCACCGGUGGAGGGAGGCGGUAGGCUGCCUUGAAGAGGAGACAGAAUGGAGACAAAGUCACUAUGGCAUGGAGGAUCCCUCCCUACUGAGUUCUCAGCACGAGCUUGCAAUGGCAUACCUAGGAGUUGGACAACGCCAACGGGCAAUAGAGCUGCUUGAACAUGUGAUCAAUAUACGAAACGAUAUACUUGAUCAAAAUGAUCUCCUCCUACUGACAUCUCAGCACGAUCUUGCAAUUUUAUACGAAAAAGGUGGGCAAGCUCAACGGGCAAUUAAGCUGCUUGAGCAUCUACUUAAUCUAGAAAGUGGUAUACUUCAUCAAGAUGACUCCCUCCGUCUGGAUUUUCAGCAUAGCCUUGCAACGGCAUACGCAGCAGUUGGACAAACCCAGCAGGCAAUAGAGCUGCUUGAGCAUAUAGUCAAUAUACAAGACGAUAUACGUGAUCAAGAUGAUAUCUCCCGACUGAUAUCUCUGUAUGUUCUUGCAAAGGUAUACCAAGGAGAGGACAAAUACAGAAGGUGA